CAAGCCGCCCAACUCACCGCUUUGUCAAAGCCUUCUGCCUUCCACAUCUCGCCGGUCCCGCGUCGCACGUCAGCGCCUCGCGCGUGACGUCAUCAAACUUCCUCCCUCCCUCAUUUCCCCGCGACGCCCGGUUUCCAUAGCAACGCGUCGCCUGGAAGGGAAAGGAAGAGCGCGCGCGAGAGGCAACAUGAAGGGGAAAGGGAAAGCCAAAGGCGCGAAGGGCGGGAAGGGCAAGAAGGGCGCCGCCGGCCCCGCCAGCAACAAGGCCAAGGAUGCCAAGAGCCUGAAGGAAGAGUCGGAGGCCGAGCGGGCCAAAAUCGCGGCGGCGCUGUGGGAGGCGCGGCUGGAGGUGACCGAGAUCUCCCGCAAGGAGUACCGCGAUGCCUCCCGGCGCCUGGCCCGCAGCAACGAGGAGCUGGAGCAGAGGGCGAGGCGGCUGGAGAAGGACGCCGUGGACGUGCUCAGCUUCCUCAAAAAACAGGAUCUGGAGAAGGACGACAUGAUUGACAAGCUUAAGCAGCAACUGAUUGAUAUGAAGCAAAAAGCCAAAGAAGAAAAUGAAGAACUGGAAGCACAGUAUAUCAAACAGCUAGAGGAAAUGGAAGAGAAAUUCCACAAAAAAGCUAAGGAAAUUGGUCUAAUUCAAAUUGAGCUGAAAAUGAUAAAGGAAUUCCGCAAAAAGAAAGACCUUAUGGAGAAAGAACUUGAAGAGCUAAAAGAAACUUUGGUUAACAUAAAAAAAGAACACCAGGAAACAAUCUCUGUGUUGGAGAGGAAGUUCCUUGAAGAAAAGCAACGCCUUGAAAGAGAAGCAGAGAAGAAGAUUAUAAUGCUGGCAGAACGGGCCCAUCAUGAAGCCAUUGUGCAGCUGGAUAAUGCCGGGAAAGCAGUUUUUAUAGAAAAUGUUCGUCUUCAUGAAGCCCUUGGAUACCACAUGAAGGAAACAGAAGAGUUACAGAAAAUGAAGCAAAAACUGGAGGAGGACAACGCCUUUCUUUUGCAGGAGAAGGAAACCAAUGAUCUUUUGGUUCGGGAAAAAAUAAUUCAAAAUACUGAACAAAAAGCACAGAUCCAGGAGCUGGAAAACAGGGUGAAAAAACUGGAAGCUGCAGUUAGUCACAUGGCCAGGGAAUUUAAAAUAGAACUUGAGAAUGCUCAACACAAAGCUUUAGUACAGAAUCAAGCCGGCCAGAUAGAAAUUAACAAAUUGCAACACCUGCUGGAGAUGAAGGACAGAGAGAUGAGCAGGGUGAAGAAACUGGCCAGGAAUAUCUUGGAUGAAAGGACUGAGGUGGAGAAGUUCUUCUUACAUGCCCUGGGCCAGGUGAAACAGGAGAUCAUAACCAGCAGGAAGUGUUAUAAGCAAGUGGCUCAAGCUGCAUAUCAGAGAAGAAUGAUGGCAGCAUUUGCCGGGAGAGAAGAAUAUCCCAAGAUCAGAACCUUUAAUGACAAUGAACACAGCACAAAUAGUGUGCAAAUGGACCUUAUGGAAGCAGAGAAAUGGACGAAUAUUCAGAAGGGGAAGGUGGACAUCUCUGAAUUGACUUGGGAGCAGAAGGAGAGUGUGUUGCGAUUACUCUUUGCAAAAAUGAAUGGCAUGAGACUACGGAAAUAUGGCAAAGCUUUGGUUCCUCUAAUGCCAUCCACUCAUUCUGAAGAAACAAAAGUCAGCACUGCUGGUCUGAUCCCUGUCUAUGCUUUCAUCACUCAGCAAGCCCCUGUGUCAGAGUCAGCCUCUCAGAGAAGACCAUCAGUCCUUCCAGAUAUCCAGGUUAUACCACCGCAGUCAGACUAAGAUUGCUGUUAAUCAUGAAAGAACUGUAGUAAAAAUGUUUACACUUCCUCUUUGGGGCUGUAUAUUAUUAUGCUGCUACUAUGACAUUGCCUCCUUUUCUAUGCAACAAAAGUUACUUCAGUUCUUUCAGAUUAUCUUCAAAGGCAUCCCUAUUCUAAAGAACAUCAUUUAUGGUCAGAUAUCUUUUUUCAGAAAUGGAAACAUUUUCCAUAGUGAUACAUUUCCUCAAUUGUUCAGAGAACUUGCACUGUAUUUUGAUGUUUAAAAACUGAGUGAAAUACAAUCCAAUUCUAUAAAAGUGUUUUAAAUAAAGCAAUAAAUUAUGACAAGUUCUUGGUGGUAUGGGGAUACCAAAUCA